AUGGCGGCAUCUGGCAUGUCACACGGAAGAAGGAAAGGUAAUUUGGCAUCAUUUUAGCUCAAUGAUUUCUAUAUCUUGCGAAUAUAGCACUUUGACGAAAGAUAUUCAUGUUCUUAACCUUGCCCUGUGUAGGAAAUAGAGUCCCGGUGGAGCGGCACUUGGAUCAGAAUUGGAGACAGUAAGUGAUUCACUAUUAGCUAUCAUGCAGUUUAUUUUAUGAGUCCAGGCAAGUUAACUUAAAUGGCACGCUUUUAGAGUUCUUGCUCGUCGAAGAGAGUUCAUGAGUCUAUUGAUGCUCACCAUUUAUUUAUUGGCAAUGGGAGGAACAACUGUUUAAUUAAAUUACGCAAAGCUGUAAUAUUUUAUACGGAACCAAAUAAAAUGAAAGUUCAGUCCAACUGUUUUUCCCUCGUUUAUGACAGGUUUUCUACUAAAUAAUGGACUUUGCCUGUCCCUUUUUCUCGAUGAAUCACUCUAAGGGGGUAAGUCUGUGGUCAUGGCCCCAUGCACUUGUCCUGAUCUGGAAAAUGAAAUUAUUAAAGAUAAUAAAGUGAAGGAUUAUCUUCAUAUUGCAGACCUCCAAGAUCAGGGUCUCCUAGUACAUCACAUGUGAAUGGUAACAGCUCCCACUCCUCUCUUAAAAGAGAUCCAAAUGCAAGUCCUGCAGAUCAGGAAUUUAAAAAGAAUGUAGAUUUUUUACAAAAAGGUAAGGUAUUUAAAGAAUCUUUCAUUUUAAUGAUUGUUAUUGUAAGUGAUCUUUUAUUAAUUCAGAGCUAUUAAAAUGUACAGGAAAGAUUUGGAAUUUUUUAGUAGAACUUUGUGUUGCUGUUAUUUCUCAGUUUUUCUGAUCUCAAAAAUGGUAAAGACAUGUGAAAGAGUGCCCUUUUUUUUUACAUGACUGGUUUUGUUGUGAGCUUGUUUUUUGUUGUAAAUACCUCUGUCAGAUCAAAACAUUCAGUAGAGAUAUCAUUCUGUAAUUUAAAUUUUUUUUUUUACUUAAACUUAUUAACAAACUUCAAAUAAAACAUUACUAGUCCAAACAUGAAAAUAGAUUUCAUCAGCACCCUUGUCUCAAAUAACCUCAAUAAUAUGUACCUUCACUGAAAAUCAACUUAAGUUGUGAAUAUUUCACUUGCAGAAUGGAGAAAAUUGGAAGCUGAGUUAAAAUCAAAAAAAGGUGAGCUUUGUUUGAACUUAAUUGUGUUUUUCUUUUGUUUUACAUGAACUGCACCAAACAGGAGUAAAGUACAAAAAGGGUUACUCUUUUACUAAGGCUUAGCUCCUACUGGUGAAAAAAUGAUCGUGUUCAUUCAUAAUUAUAAAUGUAAUUGUAAUGGGGUUGUUAUCAAGUGAGAACACAACAGAAGCUCAGAUAAAUCACGUAAAGAUGCAAUUUUAGAAAGUUAUGGGCGUGGAAUUACCAGAACCAGAGCAAUCAUUCGCCAGAAUAGAAAUAAUUAAUAUGUCUCCAUGAUUGUAUGAUUGUCUUUAGUUAGUGAUUGUAUAUUGCAAGAUUUUAUGUCCCUCUGUAAAGUAACCAUAAUUAUUUGUAAUCAGAAUCAUACAAAAAUCUACAGUCAUUUACUUAUGAUAACAUUCAAGCUGAAAUGUAUCUUAAUGAUAAUUUGUUUAUCAGUGCUCCCACUCAGACACAUGAAACAUGAUAAAGAUGUUUUUUAUUUAUGAUUGUCUUGUUAAUAGUAAUUGGACAGCAAGCCUAAUUCAGUUGCCAAAUCUUGUUAUAAUUUUUCCUUAGAUACAAUUACGCCAUAUGUUGGUCGUGAUCCAGAAAAACCAGGUAUUGUUGAUGAUGUUUUGAUUGCUGCAAGUAACAGUUAAAGAAAUCCAAACAUUUUUUUGAAUCAGUUUAUUAAGGUAGCUUGUUAUAUUACUGGUUCCAUGUCAAGCUGAAAUACUUAAAUUACCAAUCAAAUGAUUCCCAAAAGUGUUCACUGGCAAACUAAAUUUGCUUGUUUGUUUCUGUGUAAACUCUGCCUCAAGCAGGUAACAGAAUAAUUAAAAAGAGGAAAUUGAGGUAAUACUUUGAACUGCUGACAUAGUAUAAUGGGAAAUUUGAAAAUAAUAUUUUCAAUAUUAUUUUCUUUUCAUUGUGUUUUUUUUUCUCUAGAUUCCCAGGGUGUGGAUUUAGAUGCAUUCCUUGAAAAUGUCCACCGCCUUCAGCAGCAGCAACAAUUACAAUAACAAAGGCUAAAGAUGAAGACAUGUAUCAAUGCUGCAAAUGUAAUAUUGACUUCUUUGCAACACAAAAGUUUGUUCUAAUUUCUGAGGGAGAGAAUUAUUCCAAUUAUAGCUGCUUAAACUAGCUGACUGAUAGAAUCUGUUUUCAUUUUCUCAAUUUGAAAUAGGAGCUUUGCAAUUUGUCAGAUUGUGUCACAGGACAAAUAUUUCAUAGUGGUUAUUUAUCAUGUUUUACAUGUGUAGAGUACUUAACACUUUCCAAGUCUUUAUUUCAAAAACAGAACAAGUGACUGAAGGAUACUUCAUGAAAUAUGACCAGAGUAGGCUCAGAAGAUUGGAGGUGAAAUAUGGCAUCUCACUUGAGUACAAGAGAAAAAAAUGGAAAUCUAUCAUGAAAGCAUGUUUUAAUGUUAUUUUUCCCCGUUAUGAAGAUUUUCAAAAUCUCUCACUAUCAGAUGUGAUAAGGGCGUAUAGUCUGCAUUUUAACACACCAUCAACAAACUGCUGUUAAUAUUGAAGAUAACUACAAAGUAACAAUGUUGUUCAGAUUUUGAUAUAAAAUUUCCCAUGGGUAACCCACAAAGAAAUCUUUGAUAACUAGCUAGGAGAGUUAGAUUUUCAAUCUUAGAGGUGAGAGGGUCAUUUUGAGCAUCUCGCUUUGUUGGUAAUGAAACAUGGCUUUGAAAUAUUUGAAACUCAUCUUGCACUAAUUCUUAUUUAACAGCCAUGUCAUCAUUUAGUUUUUGAAUGCAGGGAACUCUGGAUUAACAUUCUCUCUAGCCCCUUGAGGGGAUUUAAAUGUAACUUCUUCCAACGAUACCAGUACAUUAUCCUACAAAUAGGUAAUGGGAAUAUUCAAAAUGAUGAAUUAGGGUCUGCUUUCAUGAUACAGCAUAGAGUAAUCUUGAACUGAGUUCUGGAGAUGAUGACAAAUUGAGGGCAAGAAGCGUGUUUUUGGCUUAUUAAUUUCCUUAGAGAAUCUCCUUGCCAGGAGAUCAUCGACUUAUCUCUUUUUGCUUGUGCUGUUUCUGAUUUCACUACAGCCAUCAGAAGAUCUUUUGGUAACUCACCAUCAUUUCUCAAAAGACUCAAAUCACGGGAUGUUAGUGUCUGCUUACCUGAAUUUAAAAUCAUUCCAAUUUUUAACUUGAAGGUUGCCAGAAAAUUGAGCUCCCCGCUACUUCUGAGUAUUUAAGUUUAUUCCGCUAAUUAUUAUUGCUGUAAAUUAUGCAUUUUAGAUGAAAAUAAAAUUUUUAAGUUAUUUCAAUGUACUAAAGCUUAUUGUGAGUCCCUAAAAGAACG